AUGGCCGUGCCCGGUGAAAUUAAAUUAAUGAAAGAUUGCUACUUUGCUCAUAACGAAAGAGACCAAUUCAGCGCUGCCCUUAACGCAAUGUGCUUGCAGCUUUCUCUCAAGACAAAGCAAAAACAGGUCAUUUGCCUCUGCAACUUUGACAUAAACACGGGCAUGUCCACCGAGCCAUGCAGGAGCGCGCUCAACUCCAUCUCCUACUGCUCCCCCCAGCAGAGCCAUCACCUGAACCCGACGCAGCAAGAUGCUUCGGUAAUCUGCAGUGCGAAUCAAGAACUGGAUUACUACUACCGCUUCUACGACGUGGACGAGGCGGCGUUUGAUGGCAACGAGGUGGAGCUCGUCUCCAGGGUCUCCAAGCUCGGUAGGGUGGACUACUUGAGCUCGCCGUACCAGCCGUCGUGGCCGACGGCGGCAGCGCACGCCGCCGGGUCUUCGUCGGAGACGUCGCGCGUUAGGAAGAAGAGGUUCUGGGACGUUCUUCAGAGCUGCAAGCAGAAGGUCGAGGCCCAGGAGGCUAUGGAGGCGCCGGCGGCGGCGUUCCUGGAUGGUGAGGGUGACGGGGUCGGUGCCGGUGAUGGGGGUGACGGAGGCGGCGGUGGUGGUGGUGGAGGGGGGGCUGACGGGAUGCGGCUCGUGCAGCUGCUGGUCGCCUGCGCCGAGGCGGUGGCGUGCCGCGACCGCGCGCAGGCGGCGGCGCUGCUGCGCGAGCUGCAGGCAGGCGCGCCGGUGCACGGCACGGCGUUCCAGCGAGUCGCGUCGUGCUUCGUGCAGGGGCUCGCCGACCGGCUGGCGCUGGCGCACCCGCCGGCGCUGGGCCCGGCGAGCAUGGCGUUCUGCAUCCCGCCGUCGUCGUGCGCCGGGCGCGACGGCGCGCGCGGCGAGGCGCUCGCGCUGGCAUACGAGCUCUGCCCGUACCUGCGGUUCGCGCACUUCGUGGCGAACGCGUCCAUGCUGGAAGCCUUCGAGGGAGAGAACAACGUCCACGUCGUGGACCUCGGCAUGACGCUCGGCCUCGACCGCGGCCACCAGUGGCGCGGCCUCCUCGACGGCCUCGCCGCGCGUGCCAGCGGCAAGCCGGCGCGCGUGCGGGUCACCGGCGUCGGCGCGCGCAUCGACACCAUGAGGGCGAUCGGACGAGAGCUCGAGGCGUACGCGGAGGGGCUAGGGAUGUACCUCGAGUUCACCGCCAUCGACCGUAGCCUCGAGAGCCUCCACACCGACGACCUCGGCGUCGACGCCGACGAGGCCGUCGCCAUCAACAGCGUCCUGGAGCUCCACUGCGUGGUGAAGGAGAGCCGCGGGGCGCUCAACUCGGUGCUCCAGACCAUCCGCAAGCUGUCUCCCAGGGCGUUCGUGCUCGUCGAGCAGGACGCCGGUCACAACGGGCCCUUCUUCCUCGGCCGGUUCAUGGAGGCGCUCCACUACUACGCCGCCCUGUUCGACGCGCUCGACGCCGCGCUCCCGCGCUACGACGCCCGCCGCGCGCGCGUCGAGCAGUUCCACUUCGGUGCGGAGAUCCGCAACGUGGUCGGGUGCGAGGGCGCGGCGCGCGUGGAGCGGCACGAGCGCGCGGACCAGUGGCGCCGCCGCAUGAGCCGCGCGGGCUUCCAGUCCGUGCCGAUCAAGAUGGCCUCCAAGGCGCGCGAGUGGCUCGACGACAACGCCGCCGCCGGCGGCUACACGGUCGCCGAGGAGAAGGGCUGCCUCGUGCUCGGCUGGAAGGGGAAACCGGUCAUCGCCGCCUCGUGCUGGAAAUGCUAGACCACCACAAGGUGGCCGGCCGGCCGGAGAGAGGUAUAUGCGUCAAUGCGUGGACGUAAAUAAAGAGAGAUCGAUCGAUCGAACACCAUUAUCCAUGGAUGGUGAGCUCAGCUGACACCAUGACGUUCAAGCUAUCUCAUCUGUAUGAGCAUCAGCACUUGUAUAAAUAAGCCCCUCUGCUUAAUUAGAGGCUUUUUGUUUAACAAUUGGUGUGUAGGUUUUAAUGUUUAAUUAGCUCAUCUAACUGCGUACAGGAGGGUUUUCAUGUACCUUAUAUACUUAUAUCUUCCUUUUUAUUUAUUUAUUACUGGG